UUGGCAAUAUUUUUUAUUUCAGUUCCAAUAAUCGACCUACAUGGCGCCGAUCGACUAGUAGCGAACAUUCGUGAGGACGAGAAUGUCCUCAGCACUGUGCCUGAUCUUUCAAUUGUGGCAGAAACAGAUGAAGAAGUUGAUCAAGCGUUUCUCGAGGAGACAUGGAUGCGAAAUGAUUUCGUCAUUAAGACACGAGAGGGGUAUGCGCAUGCAAAACAGCUCAAGCGAGCUAAUCCGACGGUAGCUUUAUCAUGUGCUACUCGGCUAAGCUUCAUCGCCACCAACAUCUCGCUGAACGAAUUUGCACUGAAGACUCUUAGUGGUGAAGACAUAUGUGUGAAACUAAACGGUUUAAGCACACCGUUUCCUGCGAAUAAUAUCAAACAGACCGAAGCGGAAUAA